AAAUAAUCUUUGGCUCGUUAAUAUAAAGGUAAAAUGAAACGGCCAGAGCACUUGAUAUUUUAAUUUCCUUGACUCAUAAUAUUAAUUACAUUUAAACAAGCCUAGUUGAAGACGUUUAAAAUGGGACGAAAUGUGAUGAUAGCCAUAACUGGCCUGAUGAUCGUGUACGGAACUGCAUCAAAAGAAAUAUCUAAGUCAAAUGAAGAUUUUAUAAAACUUCAUUACGACAACGUUGAAAAGAUAGAAGAUUCUGAUAUACUGGAUGCGGAAGAUAAAAUUAUAUCAUUGUCAAAUACUACUCAAUCCAUUAAUAAUAACUAUACUACUCCAAUGUUCCCUAACAAUACGUCAUCUGGUUCGCCAAAUUUAACUACGCCAUACUACCCUAACAAUACUACUCCAAAUUAUCUAAAUUACACUUCCCCCGUCUAUCCUAACUACACCACGCCAAACUACCCCAACUAUACUACCCCAAAUUAUCCUAAUUUUACUACUCCAGUCUAUCCUAACUACACUACUCCAGUCUAUCCUAACUAUACUACUCCUAAUAAUCCUAACUACACUACACCAAACUACCCUAAUAAUACCACCCCAAAUUAUCCUAAUUAUACUACUCCAAACUAUCCUAAUUACACUACUCCUAACAAUCCUAACUACACUUCUCCAGUCUAUCCUAACUACACUACGCCGAACUAUCCUAAUAAUACUACCCCAAAUUAUCCUAAUUUUACUACUCCAAACUAUCCUAAUUACACUACUCCUAACAAUCCUAACUACACUACUCCAGUCUAUCCUAACUACACUACGCCGAACUAUCCUAAUAAUACUACCCCAAAUUAUCCUAAUUUUACUACUCCAAACUAUCCUAAUUACACUACUCCUAACAAUCCUAACUACACUUCUCCAAUCUAUCCUAACUACACUACGCCGAACUAUCCUAAUAAUACUACCCCAAAUUACCCUAAUUUUACUACUCCAAACUAUCCUAAUUACACUACUCCUAAUAAUCCUAAUUACACUUCUCCAGUCUAUCCUAACUACACUACGCCGAACUAUCCUAAUAAUACUACUCCAAAUUAUCCUAAUUUUACUACUCCAAACUAUCCUAAUUACACUACUCCUAACAAUCCUAACUACACUACUCCAAUCUAUCCUAACUACACUACGCCGAACUAUCCUAAUAAUACUACCCCAAAUUAUCCUAAUUUUACUACACCGAACUAUCCUAAUUACACUACUCCUAACAAUCCUAACUACACUUCUCCAAUCUAUCCUAACUACACUACGCCGAACUAUCCUAAUAAUACUACCCCAAAUUAUCCUAAUUUUACUACUCCAAACUAUCCUAAUUACACUACUCCUAAUAAUCCUAACUACACUACUCCAGUCUACCCAAACUACACUACACCAAACUACCCGAAUUAUACUACUCCAAAUUAUCCCAACUUCACUACUCCAAAUAAUCCUAACUAUACUACUCCAAGCUACCCUAAUUAUACCACUCCAAAUUAUCCUAAUUUUACUACCCCAGAUCCUAACAAUACUACACCCUUUGACCCAUCAAUUGACAUAUUAGUGAAUAGGUACAUAGAAGGUAUUAGGAAAUUAUCCAACGAGUAUUGGAGGAACUUGCACCACAAUCAGCCUUAUAACAAGAAUUCCAAACAAGAGUCAAAACCAAACAAUAGAGAAAUUGAUACCUAUUUGAACAUUAUUGAAUAUAAAACAGAAUUUUUUGCUGAAGAUGUGAAAAACAAGUACCAUGAUUCAAUACAUCAUAAUUUUCAAGAGCAUAGAAAUUAUAAGACCAAUGAGCACAAACAUAAUCAUAGAAGACACGGAUAAAUAAUAAUUACUGUUAAUGGCAAACAUUUUUUUUCCUAGUACAUAUAUCAAAGCAUAAUAUAAUAAUAUACCUUAAAAUAAUUUACCUUAAAACAUUAAAACCAUAUCAUAACUAAUCAUAAUAUUGUAGUAAGCUAGUCCUAGUCCAAUUACCGGAAGAUGUUCCGUCAGAAUAUUUUAAUAAUUUUAAUAAAGGAAAGACAUACGGAAAUUAUACUUAAAUGUGUUAGACUGAGACAGGGGCGGAUCCAGGUUUAGGGAAAGGGGGGAGGGGGGCUGAACUCUAAAGCCUUUACUCAAAGUACAUAGUCCAGAGUCGUUUGUGACAAAAUAAAUUAAUAAUAUUGUAUUAGUUGACUGAACUCAAGGGGGGCUUGAGCCCCUGAAGCACCCCCGUGGAUCCGCCACUGGACUGAGACAUCUCUUGGGUUUUUCUAAAAACUAAUAUAGUUCUUUCCUUGGACUAAACAAAAAUAAAGCAAAAGUGCUCUUGUCAUGAGUGACGUAGAAGCUUUUUAGGCGCAGAACCUUUCCCAGAACGCAGAUAAUCAAAACAAAACGAGAAGCAUUAUUAAAUGAAUUUAUCAAAGAAAUACGUUUAUUUUCUUAACUCGUAGAAUAUUUACAGUAUGACGAUGACGCAUUUGUCUUCUUCCGUAAAUGGGACUCUACCAUAUUUUUAAAAUUUGAUAAAAAAAUAAAUACAGAACAAAAAUUAAUAUCAAUUAAGAAAAUAAACUCGGAAUUUUCAAAACAAAACAAAGCAGAAAAAAAGUUAAUUUAGCUUUAACAGGUAUGCCAUUGCUUGUAAUUUACCUAACAUGUAAUAAUAAUGUAAAUACCAUGUAAAUACGAUAUGAAGUACAUCAGCCAUAUAAAAAUAAAUUUGUAUUCCAUGAAA